ACAGACACUUUGAUGAGCCCAGGCAAUUACAUGCUUCCAUUCGUCUUCCAAUUUCCUCAAGGGAUGAUGCCCUCAUCUUUCCAAGGAUGGUACGGUCGUGUGAAAUAUGUUUUGGAGGCAACGUUGAAGCGACCUUGGAGAUUUACCAAGAACAGAUGCCAUGAAAUUAACUUCAGAACCAAGUUGGACAAUUUCAGAAUUCUCUUUAUGCUCCCCCAGGCUGGACAACAGAAGAAGAAGAUGAGCAUGUUCACCUCUGGUAACCUCUCGUUUAAAGUUCUUGUUGACAAGAAAGGAUACAUGCCAGGUGAAACUAUUCGAGUUCAAACAAUAAUUGACAACUCUACGUCCCGUGAUCUUCAACCGUACUUUAAACUUCAGAGAAAGGUCACGUACAAGGUCAAGACGAUCACCAGGACAGGAGACGUCAUUUUGAGAGCGGCGGGCUCCCCGGUACCCUCCAACCAACAGCAGACUGUGACCAAGGAGUUGAGGAUUCCUCGUGACCUCGCCCCAACCAACAUAUUCAGCAGUAUGCUCACAGUGGAAUAUACUCUAAAGGUCUACAUGCUGUUCCAUUUGUUCCAUGUUCCAUUUGCUUUCGACAAGGAAGUCAUUAUCCCGAUCUUCAUCAUGCCUCCAGACAAGAAGGGUCCUGUGAUGUCAGCACUGAACCUUUUGGCCCCCGGACAGGACGCAACCCAAGACGCUGGUCCCAGCACCCAACCAGCAGGGCAGACGUCUCCCAUCUCCAACCCAGCAGCUUCACACCAGGGUCCAGAUCUAGUUCCAGAACACCUUCCUCUUUCAAGCCCAUUGCUGAUGUCACCACAUGAGGCCAACCAGCAGACACUUCCAGAGUAUGAGCAGGAGACGGAUGAUGGAGCCCCCUUGCUCUACCCCCCUCUGGAAUCCGGUUCAGGCUCAUCUCCAAGUGCUCUUCUGUGCUGUUUCACGCCUUGAUAGUUUGCCUUGAUAUUUUG